AUGGACCCCCACGAGAUGGUGGUGAAGAACCCCUACACGCACAUCAGCAUCCCGAGAGCCCACCUGCGACCGGACCUGGGGCCAGCGAGCCAGGCCACUCUGGGUGCCAGCUCCACCUCAGAGGCACAGCCCCUGCCCGGGGGUCCGGGCCCGCAGCCCACGGAAACCAAGGGGGCCGGCUCCGGGCAGCAGGCGUGGGGACAGCCCAGCAACCCAUACGGCUGUGGGCAGCGGCCGGAGGGACUGACCUACGCUGGCCGGCCGCCCGUGGGCCGAGGGGACGACAUCGCCCACCACUGCUGCUGCUGCCCCUGCUGCUCCUGCUGCCACUGCCCUCGUUUCUGCCGCUGCCACAGCUGCUGCGUGGUCUCCUAG